AUAGAUCAAUGGCGAUAGCACUAGGAGUAGACGGUGUGGGUGAGUGGGCAUGGACAUGGUGGCUGGGCCUCGCCUCGGGCGCUGUCCCGCUGCUCUGGCUCGCCGCCUGGCACUCCGCCGACGCGUGGUACCGCGCCGCCUUCUUCCUCAGGCACGGCGGCCGGCGCCGCCUCCCGCCGGGCCACAUGGGCCUGCCCUUCCUCGGCGAGACGCUCUCCUUCACCUGGCACUUCAAGCUCGCGCGCCGCCCGGACGACUUCAUCACCGCCAAGAGGCGCGUGCACGGCGCCGGGGCCGGCAUCUACCGGACGCACCUCUUCGGCUCUCCCGCCGUCAUCGUGUGCUCGCCGGCCGCCAACAAGUUCGUGUUCCAGUCUGCCGACAACUUCGGUGUACGGUGGCCCAUGCCGGAGCUCAUCGGGCAGAACUCCGUGGUGAACGUGGAGGGCGCCAGCCACGCCAGGCUCCGUGGGUUCAUCCUCGCCGCCAUCAACCGGCCCGGCUCGCUCCGGACCAUCGCCGCCGUCGUGCAGCCACGCGUCGUGGCGGCGCUGGCUGCGUGGGCAGACAUGGGGACCAUGGUCGCGGCCGCCGAGAUCAAGAAAGUGACAUUCGCGAACAUAUGCAAAAUGUUCAUAAGCGUGGAGCCGUCGCCAUUGACUGAGCAGAUCGACCAGUGGUUCGACAGCCUCAUGGCUGGACUCAGGGCAUUCCCCUUGGAUUUUCCAGGGACGGCAUUUCACGGCGCUCGCAAGUGUCGUCGGAAGCUGAACUCGGUCUUCCGGCAGGAGCUGGAGGCGAGGAAGAAGGUGAACAAGGAGUGUGAUGAUCUAAUGAGCGGGCUGAUGCGCACCGAGGACAAGCACGGAAAGAGGUUGAGCGAUGAGGAGAUGGUGGACAACAUGGUCAACCUCGUUGUUGCCGGCUACGAAUCAACCGCCAGCGCCAUCAUGUGGGCUAUCUACCACCUCGCCAAAUCCCCCGCCGCCCUCGCCAAGCUCCGGAAGGAGAAUGUGGCAGUGAGCGAAAGCAAAGGUGGUUCAUUGAUGAUCACCCAUGAUGACCUCCCGAGGAUGAAGUACACGGCUAAGGUGGUGGAGGAGACGAUCCGAAUGGCCAACAUCGCGCCCAUGGUGCACCGCGUAGCGAACCGGGACGUGGAGUAUGGUGGGUACACAAUCCCAGCUGGGUGGCCGGUGCUUGUGUGGGUGAGGUCAUUGCACACCGACCCUGUCUACUAUCAGGACCCCCUCACCUUCAACCCUGACAGAUGGGAUGAACCAGUGAAGCCAGGGACGUAUCAGGCCUUCGGUGGCGGGUAUAGGAUUUGCCCGGGCAACAUGCUCGCGAAGUUGCAGCUCACCAUCAUGCUCCACCACCUCUCCAUUGGUUAUGAAUGGGAGCUGUUGAAUCCUGAUGCAAAGAUCAAUUACCUUCCACACCCAAGGCCAGUGGACGGCGCAGCCAUGACCUUCCGUAAGCUUAGAGCUUGAUGGAGAUGCGUUCAAUGAUAUUUUUUCUAGCUAUGUUAGUGCAUCAAUGAUAACUAG